AUGGAACACAAAGUUGUUGUCAAGACUACAAGAAUAUUUCAGGAAACUUGUAUUGGUUCUUAUGGAAAGGAUUGUUCAAAGCCAUGUAAAUAUGGAUACUACGGCCAUGGGUGUCGCGAGCGGUGUGACUGCAGUGAAAAUCAGAUAUGUGAUAAAAGAAGAGGUUGUUUGGUUUUGCAUGAUGAUUAUUUUAAAAAUAUAACUAAAGGUGAUUAUAAAAGAUCCGAGGUAAGCAGUCAUAGCCUACAAUCCAUGAUGAUAAUAAUUAUUUGCGGUGUUCUUGCUCUUGUCUUCAUCGUUUUGGGAAUGGUAUGCUACCUUCGAGGUACAUCGACGGAGAAUGGGUCAAAUACAAAUACUGAUGUUACGGAAUCUUCACCUUCAGGGAAUACAUGUUCGGUGCAGCAGGAACAAGGUGAAUACGUUUAUAAUGAUGUACGCGAAUCGCGAAUGAUUGAAAAUACGAGAAUGAUUCAACCAGAAAAUGUCAGUAUGCAGAGCAGGUCAACGAUAAUCGAAGAGUGCAUUAGUGUACCAAACCAGCGUCGAGAAAAGGUGCAUGAAACAAUGUCUUCUAGCCAUCUAGACCUGGGAUAUUAUGGAGGAUGCGGUGAUAACUACUCUCGAUUACAACUUAAAAAUAUGCGUACAUGUACUUUGCCUUCUAAGUCUUCUGUCAAUAUGAAUGAAUAUGCUUUAAUGAAACCGAAUCUACCAGCUGUAUUAAAUGAAGACAUUUCUGCUGAAAAGGAAAAUUUUAAAGAGGAUGAAUAUGCUAACCAUUCAAUAAAAGAAAAUCCCACCAUUGAAAGAUCUAGGGUGAACCAGUCAAAGAUUUUCCGGCCGUACAGCUCUGUGAAAUACCAUCGUAAAAUUGAUCAAGAAUAGGCUAUUUUCAUAACUCUUUAUAUAGGUCUUGAACAUUUAAAUAAAUUAAUCGAUAUUAAAAAAAACAUCUUUUA